UAUUUUUGUGGGAAAUGAGCUUGCAGUGAUAGCAAUGAAGAAGGUGUCGAGAAAGGUAGGGAAGUAUGAGGUUGGGCGAACCAUCGGCGAAGGAACAUUCGCCAAGGUUAAGUUUGCCAGGAACAUCGAAACCGGUGAAAGUGUGGCCAUGAAGAUUUUGGCCAAAAGCACCAUUCUCAAGCACAGAAUGGUUGAUCAGAUUAAAAAAGAGAUAUCCAUAAUGAAGAUUGUCAGGCAUCCUAAUAUAGUACGGUUGCAUGAGGUUUUGGCGGACUGGACGAACGAGUUUGUAACUGGAGGAGAAUUGUUUGAUAAAAUUGUUCACCAAGGAAAGCUUCCUGAAUAUGAAUCAAGGAAAUACUUUCAACAGCUCAUAGAUGCAGUUGCCCAUUGUCAUAGUAAGGGUGUGUUCCACAGAGACCUGAAGCCUGAGAAUCUUCUCCUUGAUUCUUAUGGAAAUUUGAAGGUUUCUGAUUUUGGACUAAGUGCAUUGCCUGAACAAGGAGUUGGUCUUCUUCACACUACGUGUGGAACCCCAAACUAUGUUGCGCCUGAGGUGCUGGGGGACCAAGGUUAUGAUGGCGCAGCUGCUGAUGUUUGGUCAUGUGGGGUCAUCCUAUAUGUUCUAAUGGCUGGAUAUCUCCCAUUUGAUGAGAUAAACCUUCCUACCCUAUAUAGAAAGAUUAAUGCAGCAGAGUUUUCCUGUCCAUAUUGGUUUUCUCCCGAGGCAAAUUCUCUGAUACAUAAGAUACUUGAUCCUAAUCCUAAAACUCGUAUUCAGAUUGGAGGAAUCAGAAAGGAUCCUUGGUUUAGGAAAAAUUAUGUGCCUUUCAAAAAUGGGGAAGAUGAGGAAGUGAGUUUGGAUGAUGUUCGUGCAGUGUUAGAGGAUUUUUCGUAAUAGUUUCUGUACUCUGAAAACCCCUGAGUUUAGUCAAAUUAACGAAUUUGCCACUUGAACUACUAACGGCCAGCGUUGCUUGAGCUGGGCCCAAUACCUGACGCAAUUACAAAUUGAAGGACUUGGUUGACAUCCUGGGUGGAGCCCAUGGGCCCACUGGAUCGAUUCAACGGCGAGCUUUGUACCGCCAAGGCGUGAGCAUCACGUCAUGGACUGGAUUCUGAUGGUGCAGCUCACCUCCCUUUGCAUUUGCAGGAUUUGUUUUGUAUUCGAUCUCCCACAGUGACUCUUCUUUGUUGCAGAGCGGGGCAACUUGCUCCAUCAUGGGUAAAUUUGUCAUUUCAAUGUGCUGAGAUAUUUUUAUUUAACAUCCUGUUUAUUAUUCUGUAGUCAUUUCUCUCUUGUUUGGUUUUGAGUCGUUUUGACGAAUGUGGUUUCGUCGGUACGUGGAUGAUUGAGACUUAAUUUGCAGAGAGGGAGAAACAUUUACAUAAAACGGGGAUAAUACUAUUUUGCUAUUCUCGGUCAAUCACAAUAUGAUAAACGUGAUAAUAUUUUUAUGCAACAGUCUGUGAUUGGU